AUGAUAGCAUUUACUAAGAAAUAUUAAUAACACUCAUUUGAACACUCACUCUCUUAUUGAUUGAAAUUUAUUUUUUUAAAGUGACAAAAGUGAAUUCAGUAAACCCCUUAUACUUUGAUUCAUAUAAUAGUGAAUUCAGUAAACCCCUCAGCAACUGAGCACGGUAGCGGUUGCUCAAAUUGCAACAUCUCAUCGCGUUUCUGCAAAUUGCAACAUCUCAUCGCGUCUCUACACCUAGCUACCAUGGCGAGUACCAAAGUUCAGAGGGUUAUGACCCAACCCAUUAACUUGAUCUUCAGGUUUCUUCAAAGCAAAGCUCGCAUUCAGAUUUGGCUCUUUGAGCAAAAGGAUUUGAGGAUUGAAGGAAGAAUCAUUGGUUUUGAUGAGUACAUGAAUUUGGUUUUGGACGAUGCUGAAGAAGUAAACGUCAAGAAGAAGAGCAGAAAGACAUUAGGGAGGAUCCUUCUUAAAGGAGACAACAUCACUUUAAUGAUGAACACGGGGAAAUGAUGAUGAGUCCAUGUUCCAUCCAACAAGAAGACCGAUUUUAUCUUUACAUUUUUCAGUUUAAUGACUAUUUCUCCCGUCAACAUGUUGAAUAUGCUGUUUAAAAUGUAAUGUUGGCAAUAUGAAAUUUUUAUUCACCUGAUAAAUACUUGGUUGGUCCUAUUAGUUAUGGCUUCUUGUUGCCUGUAUUGAUGUCUAGCUUCCAAAACCUAAUGUAACACCAAUAUUACAAACUUUCAGUUGUUUAGAGGUUCUUUUUAUCAUUCUA